CCAGGGCCCCCGAGUGAGCGCGGGCGCCGAGGAUCUCAUCUGGCCGCCGCGUUCUGGAAGAGGCGAGGGGGAGAGCGCGCGAGAGAGGAGGAGAGAGACGGCGGAGACAGGGAGACGGCGAGACGCUCAGCGCCGGCGCCCGGGAGACCCAGGAGGAGUCCGCAGAUAACCAGCCCGAGUCAUGCAGUCUUUUCGAGAAAGGUGUGGUUUCCAUGGCAAACAACAGAACUACCAGCAGACCUCGCAGGAAACAUCACGCCUGGAGAAUUACAGGCAGCCGAGUCAGGCCGGCCUGAGCUGCGACCGGCAGCGGCUGCUCGCCAAGGACUAUUAUAACCCCCAGCCUUACCCAGGCUACGAGGGUGGUGCCGGCACGCCCUCCAGCACGGCAGCCGCAGUGGCUGCGGAGAAGUACCAUCGAGGCAGCAAGGCCCUGCCCGCACAGCAGGCCCUGCAGGGGAGGCCAGCUUUCCCGGGCUACGGCGUGCAGGACAGCAGCCCCUACCCGGGCCGCUACUCCGGAGAGGAGAGCCUACAGGCUUGGGGGGCCCCGCAGCCCCCGCCCCCCCAGCCGCAGCCCCUGUCAGGGGGGGUGGGCAAGUAUGAGGAGAACUUGAUGAAAAAGACGGCGGUGCCCCCCGGCAGGCAGUACCCGGAGCAGGGCGCCCAGGUGCCCUUUCGGACGCACUCCCUGCACGUGCAGCAGCCGCCCCCGCCCCCGCCACAGCAGCUGCCGCAGCCCCAGCAGCCCCUGGCGUACCCCAAACUCCAGAGACAGAAACUGCAGAACGACAUUGCCUCCCCUCUGCCCUUUCCCCAAGGCGGCCACUUCCCCCAGCACUCCCAGUCCUUCCCCACCUCCUCCACCUACUCGUCUGGCCAGGGCGGCGGGCAGGGGGCCCACUCCUACAAGAGCUGCACAGCGCCGUCGGCCCAGCCCCACGACAGGCCGCUGACCGCCAGCGCCAGCCUGGCCCCAGGACAGCGGGUCCAGAACCUUCAUGCCUACCAGUCGGGCCGACUCAGCUACGACCAGCAGCAGCAGCAGGCCCUUCAGAGCCGGCACCAUGCCCAGGAAACCCUGCAUUACCAAAACCUCGCCAAGUUUCAGCACUACGGGCAGCAAGGCCAGGGCUACUGCCAGCCGGACGCGGCCGUCCGGACCCCGGAGCAGUACUACCAGACCUUCAGCCCGAGCUCCGGCCACUCGCCCGCUCGCUCCGUAGGCCGCUCGCCUUCCUACAGCUCUACGCCGUCCCCGCUGAUGCCAAACCUGGAGAGCUUCCCCUACGGCCAGCAGCCGCUCAGCACUGGCGCCUUCCCCACGGGCAUUGCCGACCACAGCCACUUCAUGCCUCUGCUCAACCCCUCCCCGACGGACGCCACCAGCUCUGUGGACACCCAGGCUGGCAACUGCAAGUCCCUGCAGAAGGACAAGCUGCCGGAGAACCUGCUGUCGGACCUCAGCCUGCAGAGCCUCACUGCGCUGACCUCGCAGGUGGAGAACAUCUCCAACACCGUCCAGCAGCUGCUGCUCUCCAAGGCUGCUGUGCCGCAGAAGAAAGGUGUCAAGAACCUUGUGUCCAGGACGCCGGAGCAGCACAAAAGCCAGCACUGCAGCCCGGAAGGCAGCGGCUACUCGGCCGAGCCAGCGGGCACUCCGCUGUCGGAGCCGCUGAGCAGCACGCCGCAGUCCACGCACGCCGAGCCGCAGGAAGCCGACUACCUGAGUGGCUCCGAGGACCCGCUGGAGCGCAGCUUCCUCUACUGCAACCAGGCCCGCGGCAGCCCCGCCAGAGUCAACAGCAACUCGAAGGCCAAGCCGGAGUCCGUGUCUACCUGUUCUGUGACCUCGCCUGACGACAUGUCCACAAAAUCUGAUGACUCCUUCCAGAGCCUCCACAGCAGUCUGCCGCUCGACAGCUUCUCCAAGUUUGUGGCAGGCGAGCGGGACUGCCCGCGGCUGCUGCUCAGCGCCCUGGCCCAGGAGGACCUGGCCUCCGAGAUCCUGGGGCUGCAGGAAGCCAUCGGCGAGAAGGCUGACAAGGCCUGGGCCGAGGCACCCGGCCUGGCCAAAGAUGCCAACAAGCCGCCCUUCCCGCUGGAGAACCACAGCGCCUGCCUGGACUCUGUGGCCAAGAAUGCGUGGCCAAGGGCUGGGGAGCCGGAGGCCCUGCCCGACUCCUUGCAGCUGGACAAGGGCGGCAACACCAAGGACUUCAGCCCGGGGCUGUUUGAAGACCCUUCUGUGGCCUUCGCCACCCCUGACCCCAAGAAGACAACUGGUCCACUCUCCUUUGGCACCAAGCCCACCCUUGGGGCAGCUGCUCCAGACCCCACCGCAGCAGCUUUCGACUGCUUCCCAGACACAACCACCGCCACCUCGGCAGACAGUGCCAACCCCUUUGCCUGGCCAGAGGAAAACCUGGGGGAUGCUUGUCCCCGGUGGGGACUGCACCCCGGUGAGCUCACCAAGGGCCUGGAGCAGGGCGGGAAGGCCUCCGACGGUGUCAGCAAAGGGGAUGUCCAUGAGGCCUCUGCCUGCCUGGGCUUCCAGGAGGAAGAGCCUCCUGGGGAGAAGGGGGCCUCGUUGCCCGGCGACUUCAAGCAGGAGGAGGCAGGUGGGGUGAAGGAGGAGGUGGGCGGGCUGCUGCAGUGCCCCGAGGUGAGCAAGGCCGACAGGUGGCUGGACGACAGCCGGCACUGCUGCUCUGCCGCUGACUUUGGGGACCUCCCGCUGCUGCCGCCCACUGGCAGGAAGGAAGACCUGGAGGCGGAGGAGGAGUACUCCUCCCUGUGCGAGCUCCUGGGCAGCCCCGAGCAGAGGCCCAGCAUGCAGGACCCGCUCUCGCCCAAGGCCCCGCUCAUCUGCACCAAGGAGGAAGUGGAGGAGGUGCUGGACUCCAAGGCCGGCUGGGGCUCACCAUGCCACCUCUCUGGGGAGUCCGUCAUCCUGCUGGGUCCUACCGUGGGCGCCGAGUCGAAGGUCCAGAGCUGGUUUGAGUCUUCUCUGUCCCACAUGAAGUCAGGUGAAGACGGGCCCGAUGGGGAGCGGGCCCCAGGGGACUCCGCCACCUCGGACGCCUCCCUGGCCCAGAAACUGAACAAGCCUGCUGUGCCCGAGGCACCCAUCCCGAAGAAAGAGCCCGUGCCACGGGGCAAAAGCUUACGGAGCCGGCGGGUGCACCGGGGGCUGCCCGAGGCCGAGGACUCCCCAUGCAGGGCACCGGCACUGCCCAAAGACCUCUUGCUCCCCGAAUCCUGCACAGGUCCCCCACAGGGACAGAUGGAAGGGGCCGGGGCCCCGGGCCGGGGGGCCUCAGAAGGGCUGCCCAGGAUGUGUACCCGCUCCCUCACAGCCCUGAGCGAGCCCCGCACGCCUGGGCCCCCAGGCCUGACCACCACCCCGGCGCCCCCAGACAAACUGGGGGGCAAGCAGCGAGCCGCCUUCAAGUCGGGCAAGCGGGUGGGGAAGCCCUCGCCCAAGGCCGCGUCCAGCCCCAGCAACCCGGCCGCUCUGCCAGUGGCCUCCGACAGCAGCCCCAUGGGCUCCAAGACCAAGGACGUGGACUCGCCAGGCGUGCCGGGCAAGGACCAGCGCUCCAUGAUCCUUCGGUCCCGCACCAAAACCCAGGAGGUCUUCCACACCAAGCGGCGGCGGCCCUCCGAGAGCCGCCUCCCCAACUGCCGCGCCACCAAGAAGCUCCUUGCCAACAACCACCUGCCUGCCACAUUCAAGGUCUCCGGCAGCCCCCAGAAGGAGGGCAGGGUGAGCCAGCGGGUGAGGGUCCCCAAGCCCGGCGCAGGCAGCAAGCUUUCCGACCGGCCCCUCCACGCGCUGAAGAGGAAGGCGGCCUUCAUGGCGCCCGUCCCCACCAAGAAGCGGAACCUGGUCUUACGCAGCCGCAGCAGCAGCAGCAGCGCCAGCACCAGCGGCAACGCCGGGGACGGGAAGGAGGAGAGGCCUGAGGGCUCCCCCACCCUUUUCAAGAGGAUAUCUUCCCCCAAGAAAGCCAAGCCCGCCAAGGGCAACGGUGAUCCCACCACGAAGCCCCCGCCCCCGGAGACCCCCGAUGCCUGCAUCAAGCUCGCCUCGCGGGCGGCCUUCCAGGGGGCCAUGAAGACCAAGGUGCUGCCGCCACGGAAAGGCCGGGGCCUGAAGCUGGAAGCCAUCGUGCAGAAGAUCACCUCUCCCAGCCUGAAGAAGUUCGCGUACAAGGCGCCAGGGGCCUCUCCUGGUAAUCCUCUGAGCCCGUCCCUCCAUGAGAAAGACCGCGGGCUCAAGGGUACCGGGGGCAGCCCGGUGGCGGCAGAAGAAAGUCUCUUAAACGUGGGCACUGGGCAGAAGCUCCCAGCAGCUUCAGGGACAGACCCGUUAUGCAGAAAUCCGACCAACAGAUCCUUAAAAGGCAAACUAAUGAACAGUAAGAAACUGUCCUCAACUGACUGUUUCAAAGCUGAGGUCUUCACGUCCCUGGAGGCCCUGCCAGCCGGGGGUACCACCCUGGCACCCAAGAAGAGAAGCCGGAAAGGCCGAGCUGGAGCCCUCGGACUCUCCAAAGGCCCACUGGAGAAGCGGCCGUAUCUUGGCCCGUCCUUGUUCCUGAGUCCCCGAGAAAGGGCCAGCAGCAUACAGGGCAGCGGCGAGGACAGCUCUGGUGGAGGAGGCAAGAAGCCAAAGAUUGAGGAGCUGGGCCUGGCCUCCCAGCCCCCUGAGGGUCGGCCCUGCCAGCCCCAGACGAGGGCACAGAAGCAGCCAGGCCACACCAACUACAGCAGCUAUUCCAAGCGGAAGCGCCUCACUCGGGGCCGGGCCAAGAACACCGCCUCCUCACCCUGUAAGGGGCGUACCAAGCGUCGGCGGCAGCAGCAGGUGCUGCCCCUGGAUCCUGCGGAGCCUGAAAUCCGCCUCAAGUACAUUUCCUCUUGCAAACGGCUGAGGGCCGACAGCCGGACCCCGGCCUUCUCGCCCUUCGUGCGGGUGGAGAAGCGAGAUGCAUUUACCACCAUAUGCACUGUUGUCAACUCCCCUGGGGACGAACCCAAGCCCCACAGGAAGCCUGCCUCCUCCGCCUCCUCCUCCUCCUCCUCCUCCUCCUCUUCAUUCUCCUUGGAUGCGGCUGGGGCCUCCCCAGCCACACUCCCUGGAGGCUCUGUCCUGCAGCCACGGCCCUCCCUGCCCCUCUCCUCCACAAUGCACCUGGGACCUGUGGUUUCCAAGGCCCUGAGUACCUCUUGCCUUGUUUGCUGCCUCUGCCAAAACCCGGCCAACUUCAAGGACCUUGGGGACCUUUGUGGUCCCUACUAUCCGGAACACUGCCUCCCCAAAAAGAAGCCAAAACUCAAAGAGAAGGUGCGACCAGAGGGCACCUGUGAGGAGGCCUCGCUGCCCCUGGAGAGAACACUCAAAGGCCUCGAGUGUGUAGCUGCCGCCGCCACCGGGAAGCCCUCCAGGCCUGACGUCCUAGCUGAUCCGGCCAAGCAGGGCUCACUGCGCACCAGUGCCCGGGGCCUGUCCCGACGGUUGCAGAGUUGCUACUGCUGUGAUGGUCGGGGGGACGGGGGCGAGGAGGCAGCCCCAGUCGACAAGAGCCGCAAGCAUGAGUGCAGCAAGGAGGCCCCAGCAGAGCCUGGCGGGGACACCCAGGAGCACUGGGUGCACGAGGCCUGUGCCGUGUGGACCAGCGGGGUCUACCUGGUGGCCGGAAAGCUCUUUGGGCUGCAGGAGGCCAUGAAGGUAGCCAUGGACAUGGCUUGUUCCAGCUGUCAGGAAGCGGGGGCCACCAUUGGGUGCUGCCACAAAGGAUGCAUCCACACCUACCAUUACCCAUGUGCCAGCGACGCAGGUUGCAUAUUCAUCGAAGAGAACUUUUCUUUGAAAUGUCCCAAACAUAAGAGGCUGCCGUUGUAACGCACCGCAACGGCCGGAGAAGCCGCCGGAGCGCCUACCCGCCGCCGCCGAAGGAGAGGAGCCGCCGGCGCGCCCCGGGCCUUAGAGCUGCUCCCAGCGCGGGUCCAGAGCCGAUCCUUGAUCUGGGUUCCGGAUCUUGGAUCCGGCCGCCCAGGGCGCAGACGUGCGGCCCGUGUUGGGAAGAAAACCCGGAGUCGCCUGCUCCAGAAACCGGACAGCACAAGGCGUCCUUGCCCACACCCCAGGGGCCAGGCUCGGAGAUGGGAGCACGCGGAGCGGCCAGACUCCUCGGCGCACUCGGCUCCGGUGGGGGUGGGAGCCGGCUUUGGCCUGGGGACGCUCCCCCCACCCCCGAAGUUCCAAGACGACGUGGCACACAUUCCACGUGGGUGCUGCUGCCACCCCAGUCGGUCGUGGCCUGCGGCCUGGCGCCCUAGGGGUGGAGGUGGGGAUGGAGACAGCCCUAGAAGCAGCAGAGGGCGGCUCCUGGCUCCCUGAGCUAGGCAGGAGUUAAACGAAGCCUUUCUGCAGAGAGCUAGGCCAGCGGGAGAGGGAGCCGGAGGCUUUGGGACAAACCAUCCUAAACAUGUCCAAGCGCCCUUCCCAUCCAGCCUUUGCCAAAGCUUUCGUGUGGUUCGGCAAAGCCAGGGUAGUCCUGGGCCUGUGCUCAGGGGAUGUGGGCUCCCCGGGUGUGGGCGAGACUGGGACAUCCUUUGGCUUGUGUCCUCCCUUUCCCAGUCUACCCCACCCCUGGAGCCCAGCCUGGGAGCGCAAAAGGAAAGGAGACUCAACCAGAGCGCACCUCCGGCGGAUCGUCCCUCUGCACCACUGGGACCGCAGCGCCCACUCAGCACGGGAGCAGGGACAGCGCUAGAUUUGUGUACAAAACCUGUGUACCCCUCUAUAUAUAUGUUACAUAGAAUGUAUAUAUGUUGGGAACAUGCUAGCUUCACCCGUGUGUCGCCGCCGUGCGUCCCGCAGCACAGAGUCCCAACAGGGCCCUUGCCAGGUAGGGGGCUCCCGCAAUGCCCCUUCCCCAUGCAGCCACCACCGGCCCGGGCCAGUCCCAGCCAGUCCGUCCGCCUGUCCGUCCGUGUCCUCAGCUCUGUCCACGCUUCAAUAGGCCUGACGCAGCCCCCAGCCCGGGGCCGCCAUAGCAAUUUCCUGUACAUAUGACUGUAAAAUGGUAAACGUGUGUAUUAUAUCUGGCCUCGUUAUAUAGUGUAUAUAUAUGUAUACAUAUACAUAUAUAUAAUAUAUAUGAAGACUGUAAAUGUUAAGACGACUAGUGUUCUUAUUAGUAUAUUGCUUCACACUGAAGAUUGUGUGUAUCGAGCUGUUUCUAAAAGAUGUUUAUUUUCCUUAAGAGUAAAAAACAGUCAUUGCAUUCAGAAAAAAAAAAGUCAAUAAAGAUACAACGAUUGUUUUGGAAA